AUGUUCUUCCUUGCUCGUGCUCUGUGUGUGCUGGCACCUCUCACGGUGGUUGUCUUCGUGAUAGUGCAAGCCGUGACUCUGCCACAGCCUCCUCCCAAACCGCUCGUUGCGGUGCCAGCUUUCCGACUAUUCCCUCCCAAUGCGGCCAUUUCUUUGACCGAAGACAAUAGCACCUUCUUCCCGGCCCGGCCUGCAGCGUUCGGGCCUGAGCUACCGGAAAUCGGCCUGAGUGCCGUGCUCUGGAUCGGUGCAGGCUUUGGCGAGGACGGUGUGGAGCCGCAGGGCGAGCUUGGUUGCAGCGAUGUGCCAGGAUGGGACAGCCGGCGUGCAGCAGACGGGGCGCCCAUCCUGCCGACCAAGACGGACCUCGACGAUGGCUCGGACAACUACUUGGAGGACUUUGCCACGGGCCAUUACUACGGACAACCGCCCAAGUCCCGCCGUAAAAAGGCCAGCGGCGACAAGAAAAGCCGAACGGUGGCGGCAGUAGCAGCGGCGGCUGCAGUGGACACGACGCCUGAAGCCGCAGCCACGGGCAUUGCGGUAGCGCAAGCGGCCAAGUCAACGACGGUGCCCAAGGCAAAAGCGGCCAACAAGAACAAUGGCAAUGAGGGCGGGUCUCGUCACGGCGACAUCCAGUCGCUACAGGAGGGCGCCGAGAUUGCGGGGAAGAUCGUGCUCCUUAGGCGGGGUGGCUGCGGCUUCUUGGCCAAAGUGAUGUGGGCCCAGCGACGGGGAGCAGUUGCCGUGAUUGUGGGCGAUGACCGCAAGGGCGGGCCGUUGAUCCAGAUGUUCGCAAGCGGCGACACGUCAGACGUGCUGAUUCCAUCCGUGUUCACAGCACACACUACAGCGCACUUGCUGACGGCGCUGGCAGUGGAUGCAGUCCGCGAGAGCGAUUUGGCAGCAGCAGCGGCAGCAGCAACAAGAGCGGUGGCGGCAGCGGCAGCAGGAGAGGGUGCUGGGACGAAGACAGGCACACCGACGCCACAGCAGACAGAAGGUGGAGAGCGGCGCGAGUGGGUGCUUGCCGAGUAUGUGCCCACAGACGAGGCCGAGAAGGACAGCGACGAGGGGACGACCGCGUUGGCUGCGCGGAUGCGGGUGGCCAAGCAGGCCGAGUUGAUCGGGGCAGCUGACAGCAGAAGCAGCAGUGGACGACAGCUGCUUGUGACGAUUGCACCAGCGCGUGGAGGCCUGCCGCUGAUCGACACGCUGCUGGUGCUAGUGGCAAGCCCUCUGCUGGCGAUCAUGACGAUCACAUGCGUGCUUCUCUUCCUGCGGACGCACUGUCGUCAUCGAGCAUGGCGUGCACCCAAGGCGCUUGUGGACCAGCUGCCGGUGCACAUCUACCGGCCGCCUGGAGCAGCACCGCCGAGCCCGAUGAUGCUGCCGGUUGGGUCUGAGGUGGCGAGUCCGAAUCCAUCGCGGCCGUCGUCGCCGACGCUGAACAGCAUGCACCCGACGGUGACGACACCAUUGCUUCAGCGGCCGCGCUCGCGAACGACGACAGGAGUGCCUGGCGACGAGCGCCGUGUCCUGGUGGCGGUGGCGGUGCCGCUGCCACCACCGUCGCGCUACGUCCAGUCGGAGUGCGUCGUGUGUCUGGAGGACUAUGUCGCUGGUGACCGCAUCAUGAGCCUUCCCUGCGGCCACGAGUUCCACGCGAGCUGCAUCAUCCCCUGGCUCACGACGAGACGGCGCACGUGUCCGAUCUGCAAGGGCGACAUUGUGCGGGCAUCUUCAGGCGACGCGGCCUAG